AGAUAAUCAUUGUUUAGAAAAUCCUUCUAAACACAAUUCAUAUUUAAUUUGACAAGUAUUUACUGAGUAUCUACUAUGUAACUUGUUCUGUGUUUCAAAACUUACAGUUAUUAUUACAAGCUGCUUGAACUAAUGGCUCCAAAGAAAUAGCGUUGGGGUUUCCUGGCAGGUCAGGGAUAUGGAGCCAGGCCUGGGAGUGGGGGAUGAAUCCUGGCCAGAGAUCAGGGGAAGCAAGAAGAACUUGUUUCUUUUCUUUUCUUUUUUUUAAUGUUUAUUUUUGAGAGACAAAAAGAGAGAGGGAGCGAGCCAGAGAAAGAGAGAGAGAGCAUGAGCAGGGGCGGGGCAGGGAGAGAGUGGGCCAGAGGAUCUAAAGCUAGCUCUGCGGUGACAGCAGAGAACCGGAUGUGGGGCUUGAACUCACAAACUGAACCGUCCUAGGCCAGUUUCACGGACACACAGGGCAUUAAUGCUCCAGCUAAAGAGGACUUAGGCUGAGCCCUCAUCUCAUAGAGCACGUGGAGGCUCAGAAUGUUUAGCGAUUUGCCCAAGACCAUAGAACCGGCUGGGAGCUGGUAGCCUGCUUCGCAGGCUCCUGCAUCCUCUCCCUGCCGUCCGAAAAGGAGACAGGUUUUCGGGUUCCAGGGUCCACGCUGCCUCGUCCCACCUGGUGGCUGCACUGUGGCUGUGGCCUCUGUACUGUGGGGCGGCCUGGGGAGACAAGCACCUGUGCCAGUGUGCAGUGACGCUGGGCUGAGCCUGGGUCAUCUGCGAAGAGGCAGAACCAGACUGCAUUUCCUGGCCAGGGUCUGUGUUCAUUCCUGUCCCUUGUGUCCUCACUUGAGCUCUGUCCCAACCUAAGUACCUGGAGGAGGCACACUGCCCACCACCCCCCCCCCCCCCCCCGCCGGCCCUGGUGUGUUUCCCUCACCUUUAACAAGAGACGCUGAGCCAGAUCAAAGGUCCCGAUCUGAGGUCACUGGUGUGUGGGGGUCUAGGAAAGUAGUAACACAUGUUCCUCAUUGCAGACAACUUGAUAAUGGAUCUGUGUGGGGGACAUGACUUCAUGGACCAACUCAAAUGUCAACUCAUUGCUUUAGGCUUUUACAAUUGCACUAACUCAUUGCGAUAAUAGGGUUUAUCUCAAGCUGACCAUAAUUCUCAGUUGGCAGUUAAAUAUAGUUUUUACUGAUAAAUGAAUCAAUUAUUAUUGCUUAAUAGAUAAUUAUUAUUAGUUAAUAAAUAGUUUUGUAGAGAAAAAUCUUUCCAAAGGGAUAAAAAACAAUGUUAUUGGUAUAAUAAUGUCUUUGAUCACAAAAAAGCAAGGAGUCACUAAACUAGAUCAUCUUCAAAAAAUGGUUCACUCGGAGAGAGAAUUUUAUGAAUUCUGAGUUUCCAGAUAUCAAUGGAAACUCAGUGGUUCAGGAGUGUGUGCUUGGCAGAGGUAAUAAGGCCUACCUUAGAGCAGAGGGAGAGGGAGGGAGAUUAUAAACACGUCUCAAGUUAUCCUGUCUUCACAGAUUCCUGUGGGGCAUGAUCAGGCCUCUGGUGCCCAGAGUCUGGGCAGAUGCCAAGAGAAAUGUGGGCCAGGGCAAUCUCCCCAGGAGCCUUCUUCAUCCCCUAUUUCAUCUUCUUCUUCACCUGUGGCAUCCCAGUGUUCUUCUUGGAGGUGGCGUUGGGCCAGUACACCAGCCAAGGGAGCGUGACAGCCUGGAGGAAGAUCUGCCCCCUUCUCCAGGGCAUUGGUCUGGCGUCGGUGGUCAUUGAGUCCUACCUGAACAUCUACUACAUCAUCAUCCUCGCCUGGGCUCUCUUCUACCUGUUCAGCUCCUUUACCUCUGAGUUGCCCUGGACAACCUGUACCAAUACCUGGAACACAGAGCAUUGUGUGGACUUUAUGAACCAUUCAGGAGCCCGCACAGCGACCCCGUCUGAGAACUUCACUUCACCUGUCAUGGAAUUCUGGGAGAGACGUGUUUUGGGCAUCACCUCAGGCAUCCAUGACCUGGGGGCCCUGCGUUGGGAGCUGGCCCUGUGCCUCCUGCUUGCCUGGGUCAUCUGCUACUUCUGCAUCUGGAAAGGGGUCAAGUCCACUGGCAAGGUUGUUUAUUUCACAGCCACAUUUCCCUACCUGAUGCUGAUCAUCCUACUGAUCCGAGGCAUCACCCUUCCGGGAGCCUAUGAAGGUGUCAUCUAUUACCUGAAGCCAGAUUUGCUUCGCCUCAAGGACCCCCAGGUGUGGAUGGAUGCGGGCACCCAGAUCUUCUUCUCCUUCGCCAUCUGCCAGGGGUGCCUGACAGCCCUGGGCAGCUACAACAAGUACCACAACAACUGCUACAGGGACUGCAUCGCCCUCUGCUUCCUCAACAGCGCCACCAGCUUCGCGGCCGGGUUCGUGGUCUUCUCCAUCCUGGGCUUCAUGGCCCAGGAGCAGGGGAUGCCCAUCUCUGAAGUGGCCGAGUCUGGUCCUGGUCUAGCCUUCAUCGCGUUCCCCAAGGCGGUGACUAUGAUGCCCUUAUCCCAGCUGUGGUCCUGCCUUUUCUUCAUCAUGCUCAUCUUCCUAGGGCUGGACAGCCAGUUUGUCUGUGUGGAGUGCCUGGUGACAGCCUCUGUGGACAUGUUCCCCGGUCAGCUCCGGAAGAGCGGGAGGCGAGAACUUCUCAUUCUCACCAUUGCCAUCGUGUGCUACCUGCUAGGGCUCUUCCUGGUCACGGAGGGCGGGAUGUAUAUCUUCCAGCUGUUUGAUUAUUACGCUUCCAGUGGCAUAUGCCUGCUCUUCUUGGCAGUGUUUGAAGUGAUCUGCAUCAGCUGGGUGUAUGGAGCAGAUCGGUUCUAUGACAACGUUGAAGACAUGAUUGGCUACCGGCCAUGGCCCUUGGUGAAGAUCUCCUGGCUCUUUCUGACCCCUGGACUUUGCCUGGCCACCUUCCUCUUCUCCUUGAGCAAGUACACACCUCUCAAAUACAACAACAUCUAUGUGUACCCUCCUUGGGGCUACUCCAUCGGCUGGUUCUUGGCUCUGUCCUCCAUGGUCUGCGUCCCUCUGUUCAUCAUCAUCACCCUUCUGAAGACCCAGGGUUCCUUCAAGAAGCGCCUGCAACAGCUCACCACCCCCGACCCCAGCCUCCCGCAGCCCAAGCAACACCUGUGUCUGGACCGUGGUACCAGCCAGGACUGUGGGCCUUCCCCAACAAAGGAAGGACUAAUCAUUGGGGAGAAGGAGACCCACUUGUAGGACGUGGCCAGCAGCCAAGUGGCCAUUGAGCCAGGAACCUCUGUCAGGGCCACUACAGCAAACAGCCUUUGCCUCUGUCCCUUAGCACAGUCCUGCUGAGCACCUCUGUGAUGUUCAUGGGUGCCCCCGGCCAGAGGCCACACUGCUCUCUCCUCAGCGAGGACAGCUCCUUCUGGUGGGUUAGAGGCGGUCCCACUGCACCACGCCAUACUGUUGGAACACACCUUCUUAUUUAUAAAGGAGGGUGGUCUUUUUUGAGUCCACCAUCUGAUUCUAACAUAUUACACUGUGUGGAACUCCCACUGUAGGGAUGUUCCUGUAUCUGGUGAUGUUACAGCUUACUAUAUUUGUGCAUUGGGAGGGUAGCACUGAUGGGAAUAUGUAUCAUGCUUUGGCUUGGAGAGCCCAAUGGAACACACCAUGUUGGAAGUGACAACGAACACACUAUUGGAUUCUGACAUUCCAUUAGAGGGGUGCUUCAUUAGGCUUAGUGUUCUGGAGUCAGUCCAUGGGGAAGGAACUAGAGAAACAGCCAAGAGGCAAACCUUCACAAGCCAUCAUUGUCUUAAGGUGUCCCUAGCUGCAGCCCUAGUUCCACAUGCUUCCUGCAAUGUUGUCCUCAACUCAUGGAGCAUUGGAAUGGAAAGAACUUAGAGAUGAUCCCUAGACUGUGCAAAUGCAUGGUGAGGGUGUCUGUACUUUCCUAUGCCUGCAACAGACAUUGCUGAUUGAGUCUUUCCCACCUCACAGUCCUUUCAAAUACAGUGCUCCAGGUGCUCCAGUU